UUUAGGUUAAUUAAUAUCCUCCUUUGAUUCGAUUUUAUUUAAGUGUAGUAUUGAUUUUCUACUUUUAAUCACUUUUUGAUAAAAUUAGAGUUCAAGUUAUAAAUUUAAGGUGACACAGAUUCAUCAGUUAAUCACGAUCCACAAUCGUUAGCCGAUCAAUUUAAUGCGCAUCUGUAAUCUAGAGAAUUGUUUUACUAGUGAUGCAGCUUUAGGUAAAGGUGAGUUCGCCCCGGUAACCUAUCUUGAACAUUUUGAUAAUUUGGAUUAUAGAGUAGGGAUAUAUCAGGCCUAUUUUCGUCGAAUUUCGCGGUAGAAGGGAUGCACAAAUGCUUUAAGAAAGUUUAAACACUGCAUUUGACCAAUCAGAAGUGAUGAGUGUUUAAUGAAAAAGUUUAUGAGGCUGAGGUUAGGCAUUUAACGGCGUUUAUUUUGAGCAUGUGUUAUAUAAAAAUAUUAAAGACAGAGAUGAAUUAAAUGAGCUGGGAAUAAGCUGCUGAUGGUAACUGGCAACACUGUGCAGAGAAUCCGUUCCUCAGAUUUUCCGACAAAGAAAAUUAUUCUUUUACUAUUUAAAAUAUCGGAAAAAUAAUUAUCAUUCAUUCAUUCGAUACUAAAAAGUAUAGUAUCAUAGUAAUAAAUUUAAUUUCUCUUUAAAUAAUUUUUUAAUAAAAAUUGCGGCGCUGCGAUCAUAGCGAGACGGCCGUCUCGGGGACGAAGGGUUAAAGAUUUACGGAAAUCCGUAGAAACAGUCUACAGGAAUUCUUAACCUUUAAACGGUAACCACGGUCUGAUAGACCGCUAAUCAAAUUUAAAGUCAAUAAAACUUUCUUUAACAUGUUUAUGUUGAAAUAUUAAUUAAUGUGUAGUUUAAAAAUGAAUUAAGUUCAUAAUAUCAUUAACUCAUGUCUUUUUUAUGAAAAUAUAGUUUUCUUGCUCCUCCCGCCGAAAGUACGGUCUUCCGGGCCGCAGUUCACUCCAGAAAGAGCGACUUUUGUGGACGGCUCGAGAUACGAGGCAGUCCCACUAGAGUGCGCUGUUUCGUAGGCGCAACGCGUACGAUUCUAUUUAACUCUACAUAAAAUAACCUUACUAUCAAAUAAACAACGUUCCAUGGCUGCAUCUCUCUUCGUGAAGAUUGAAAGAGUAAAAAAAAUUAAAAGAAAAAAUUCUAUUAAAAGUAUUUAACAAUAUUUUCAAGAUUGAAACAAUCUUUAAAUUCUUUUUUUAAAUUUUCAUCUUGUGAAUCGAUAGUAAUAUAAAUAAAGCCCGAGUACUUAACCUCUCAAGCAGCUCAUCAAACCGACAAUAAAAAUGAGAGAAUCUUCAUCUGAAGGCUCAAUAGACGAAGAGGAAGUGAUAAGAAAUUUCGACACAGAGGCUAAAAUAAUUGUUCGAAGUGAAGCCACUCCAAAAAAAUCUGGUGAUCGUUAUCUUUUGGUUUAUAAUACUUAUAAAAAGUGGCGAGAGGAUAAUAAAAGUUCAUUGUCCUCCUCAGAAGAAAACAAUUUAAUUGUUUAUUUUGAAGAACUUAAAUCAAAACUUAAACCACCGACUCUAUGGAGUAUAUGGAGUAUGCUCAAAAAAACUUUGAGUGUUAACGACGAUGUUAAUAUAAGUAAUUUUUUAAAUUUGAAAAGUUUAAUUAAGUCAAAUGCUAAAGGUUACAAACCUAGAAAAGCAUUCGUUCUCAGAUGGAACCAAAUUAUACAAUUUAUGAACGAAGCUUCAGAUCAGACAUUUUUAGUCAUGAAGGUAAUUCUCAUCUUUGGAAUCUGCGGUUGCCUCCGUUGUGACGAAAUUGCUAAUAUGACAGUUCAAGAUGUGGAAGAUUUGAAUGGCAGAUAUUUAGUGUCAAUAAAUGAGAAUAAAAAUGACUACGCUGGGCAGUUUAUAAUUGGUAGUCUUUUUUAUGACACAGUUAAGAAGUACACUUCAUUAAGGCCAACUAAUCCUAAUACUGAUAGAUUUUUCUUGAGGUAUUGGGGAGGUAGAUGUUAUCGUCAGCCAAUUGGAAGACAUACGAUAGGCGGAACACCAGAGAAAAUCGCUAGCUUUCUUAAUUUACCAAACUCUCACCGAUACACUGGCCAUUGUUUUCGAAGAACGUCAGCCACACUUCUCUCCGAUUCUGGGGCGAAUGUACAGAUGUUAAAGCAAUUGGGAAGGUGGCGUUCUGAUAUUAUAGCUCAAGGAUAUGUAGAGAAUUCCAUGAACAACAGGCAGAUGAUUUAUAAUGCUGUAAUACAGAACGCUACAACAGAUCCUCAAUCAAGACCAUCAACCAGUGCAGGGGUGACAAUCGAAACUUUUGAAGAUAACUUGGAUUUAAAUUUAAAUUAUGCUGAUUUUGAUGAUGAUUUCAGUAUUGAUACAAUCGAUUCAGGUUCAACGGAAGUAGUAGAAAGUGGGUUCACUACAGCUAGUAAGAAUCCAAUACUUAUGACAAUUACUAAACCAAAUGAGACGAAUAGAAACAAAAAAUGCUUGUUUGUUGACAAGCCAGCAAUAAAAUUAAACUUUCAACAACAAUCUGAUAUUCAGCCAACUGAUGUUCACCAAUCCAACGUUCAGUCACCUAAUGAUCAGCAAUCUAACGUUCAGCCAUUGCUUAAAAAAAGAAAAAAUGAUGAAGAUUCGACAACCAUUGAAGAUUAUAAUAACAAUAACUUGAAUUCAACUUUAAACAGACCAAAAACUAAAUUAGAUGAUUAUAUUUUCAAUAACUGUACUUUCAAUAACUGUUCUUUCGAUUUGACUUUGACUCAAUGCCAUAGUAAACAUAAUUCCUAAGAUUUGAUAAGAAAAAAUGUACUAUUGAAUUCAUUUUAUAUAAAUUAUGAUUAUUUCUUUGAUUAUAAUAUUUAAAGUUAAAUGAUACAAUAAAGUUUGCAUGUAUUUGUUAGUUUUUGAAAAUUUGUAAUUGUCAUUUUAUCAAUUUUUCAUUUUAGUUAUUAAUAUAUUUUUUUUGAAUGCCCGCCCCGACCAGCAAAAACUUCGGCUUCGCCUCAGUUUUGCAAAAGUCGGGCGGGCCCGCCCCCUCUACCCCCACCUCGGCUUCGCCUCGGAACGUGCUACUACUUUAAUAUAAAUUAUUUUAAUUAACUUUCGGCGUAGGAUCAAGAAAAAUAGUAUACAACCCACGGCCAAAAAGUUGGAUAACCUGGCAGAUGUGAUAGAAGAGCCUCGGCUUCGCCUCGGCACUUCUAUCACAUCGGCCAGGAAAUCCAACUUUCUGGCCUAGGGUCGUAAUAUACUAUUUAUUUGUGUAAUAUAUUAAUUCCCCUUCUCAAAAGUAAGAAAACCGAGUGUACUUAUAAUAGCGGUCUGUCAAACCGGGUUUACCUGUAGCGUGCAAAUUUUUAGGGUUACCGUUUAAAGGUUAACCAAUAAACUUACUAUAUAUCAACAUCAAUUUCUAGUUAGUGGUAUCGGAGCUCGGAAUGAGCUACCACUUAAUUGUACACAAUAGCCAUUUUUUUGCAAUUCUGUACAUCAUGUUAUGAAUAUUUUUUGAGUAAAAAUAAUUUAUUACUAGCGUCGUUUGUGAGAGUUUCGAUUAAGUGAUGAUUGAGACUGAGAUUAGGAUUUAAGAUAUAUAUAAUUUCUUAUUAUAGUUGAGUCUGCAGAAGAAUCGGCUUUUCUCCCAACAUUUUUCUACAAUUAAGUUUUUACUGCGCAUGUGUGUUAGUGCAGACUCAUGGACUUCAUCAUAGUCAAGUAGUGGGAGAAAAGCCCAUUCUUUUGCAGACAACUAUAUACCAACCAGAGCCAAAAAAGUGUCUUUUUAUUCGCUUCGAAAAUACGUGCAAAAGUAUGUGAAAAUAUUAAAAUUUGUUAUAGAAAUGUUCAAUUGUUUAUGAAUAAAUUUGCGUUUUUUUACUUUAAAAAUUUAUAACUGAUAAAUAGUUAUUAUUCACUGAGAAAAGAAUUUAUCAAAUAUUAAUCAAAUUUAUCAAUAUUUGAUAAACAGCUUACUUAGAUUGUU